AUGGCGGCGCAUCCAUCGGCUGUUCUUACCCCAUCGACCGAAGGUGAUGCGCGGGGACCCUUGAGCCAUUCGACUGUUGAUCCUACGUCGGGAUCAGCCCCCGUGGUAAAUCGCAAGAAGCAAAAGCGCCGACAGAAACAAGCUGCUCGCCUAGCUGCCGACCACGCUGAUCCUCACGCCUCCGGAGACCCGAUGGACCCAGUGGAUGACCGACAUUUGCCUGAUGACAUCGGCGAUCAUGAGAGUGCGGACUUGAAUCACCAUAGACCGGGUGAUGUGGAAAAAAAGAGGAACAAGAAGGGCCGCUCUGGCUCGCACACGAUUGCCGAUGGCAGCUCAACUCCUAUUUCUACUCCCUCCGCCACCUUCUCACAUCCUCCACCACCGCACUCUCUCUCCUUUCCCACUCGUUUCCCUGCCAAGUCUGCCAAAGAGAGCAGCAUCUGGAAUCAAUCGUCUCUGGUAGAGCGCGAAAACAUUCGCGCUUUCUGGUUUGAAUUAGGCGAGGAUGAACGUCGUCAACUGGUCAAAGUCGAAAAAGAUGCCGUUCUGAAAAAGAUGAAAGAACAACAAAGGCAUUCGUGCAGCUGCACUAUCUGCGGCCGAAAGCGGACUGCGAUUGAGGAGGAACUGGAGAUUUUGUACGAUGCGUAUUACGAAGAGCUCGAACAAUACGCGCACAACAAUCAGGAUUCCUUUGAAGAAGGUGCCCCCAUCAUCCCUGCGCCUCGACUCUACCAACCACCUCUACGAUCAAACGGUGAACACACCCAUGCCCAUGGUCAGUCUUAUUCCUCCCGAGACCGAAUUCGAGAAUUGCCUGAGGAUCAUGAGGACCCAGAAGAUGAUUACGAUGAUGGUGAAGAAGAGCACGACGAGGAGGAUGAUGAUGAGCUUUACAGUGAUGAGGAAUUUGACGACGAAGAGCCUCAUCCUGCUCCUCCCGACUUUUUCGCCUUUGGGAAUAGUUUAACGGUGAAAGAUGGCAUUCUGACCGUGGCUGAUGAUCUUCUCAAAAACGACGGCAAACACUUCAUUGAUAUGAUGGAGCAACUCGCCGAGCGUCGAAUGCAACGAGAAGAAGAUACCCAGUACAACAUAGCUGCCGCUCACCAAUCGUUCCAUGCCGGUCAUAACCAUGGCCCUCUCGACGACGAGGACUAUGAUGAAGAAGAGGACGAAGAUUAUGAUAGCCAAGACGAAGAAGAGGAAUUUGAUGCGGAUGAGAUGGAUUCCAUGACGGAAGAGCAGAGGAUGCAGGAAGGGCGCCGAAUGUUCCAAAUCUUUGCGGCUCGGAUGUUCGAACAACGAGUUAUGACCGCAUACCGAGAGAAAGUUGCCGAACAACGCCAGAAACAACUCAUCGAAGAGCUGUUGGAAGAAGAAACAAGGAACGAACAGCGGAAUGCUAAGAAGGCACGAGAGGCACAGAAAAAGAAAGACAAGAAGCGUUUGCAGAAGCAAGCGAAGGAAGAAGAGAAAGCCCGUCGAGAUGCCGAAAAAGCAGCUGAAGAGGCUGCAGCAAAGGCCGCGCAGGAAAAGAAGCAGGAAGAGCAGCGUUUGAAGCGUGAGGAACAACGGAAGAAGCGUGAAGCUGAACGCAAGGCCCAGGAGGAAGAGCGUGCCCGGAAGGAAGCUGAGAAACAACGGCGCCUGAAAGAGGACCGAGAACGACAGGCCCAGGCUGAACGCAAGCAACGUGAGCAAAAAGAGGAGAAGAAACGGCGCGAAGAAGCUAAGCGCAAGGAGAAAGAGGAACGCGAGCGUGAGGUCCAGGAGAAAAAAGCAAAGGAGGAGCAGCAGCGCAGGAGUGAGGAACAGGCCAAAAAGGAUCGCGAGAAUGCUGCUAGAAUGGAACAAGAAGUGAGAGACCGAGUGGGAAAGGCUCAGACCCAAGCGAGAGCUGGACACGCUGCUGCCGUCCCUCUUGCUCCAUCUCUUCAGUCACAAGCUGCUCCCGGCCCUCACCAAUCGCCUCAUCACUCCAUGGCAUCUCCUGCUGUCCCCAAAGCCUCCACGCCUGUCAAGCCGCGCCAAUCAUCCCAGCAUGGCUCUCACACUUCAUCUCCCCAUUCUCAGGCAGCCUCCUCGGAUGUCCCUUUGCAGCCCUCUGUCUCACCUCGCUCUUUGGCUCAAUCGUAUUCGGGAGCCCCAGGGUUGGGCGCGAGACCUGGACCUCACCAGCAGCCGUUCUUGCACCACCCCCAACCGUCUGCUCCAUUGUCUCCUUUGAGUCGCACUAACCCUUCUGGCUAUCCAGGAAUUGGGGGUCGACCAAUUCCCCCUGAAUUGCAGAUGUACUCUCCAAACUCAGGGAUGAUAAACUCCCGUGGCUUCAACGGUCCGGGCGGGAUCCCAGCUCCCCCUGGAAUUAAUGGAGUGCGCCCAUUGCAUCCAGGUCGGGGAUUUCCGCCUGAUAUUGGACAUGGGCUACCCUUCCCGGGGCCCCAUGGAGUGCCGGGCAUGCCCGGUGUCCCUGGUGCAUUCCCAAUGCAACAAGCUGGUCUAGCAAAGUCUCACUCCAGACAGCCAUCUGGAUCGUUCGAGCGCUCUCCAUUAGAGUCCGCAGGGCAACCAUUCCCAAUCUCACGACCGAGUCCGAUAAAAGGCCCCCCAAGCACUGCACAGGACCAACAAGAAGGUCGGCAGAUGUCGUCUCGGCGGGAUGUUGACCAUUUGAGUACGCAGCUGGGAAGCAGUGCGCUUCUCGAUGACAUAGAUGAUCCGUAUUCGUCAAAGCUAUCGCAGUCGUUGCCCGGUGCUUCUGCUCCUGGACAAUUCCCACCGCCAACAAGGGCAAGUUUCCAAGGCUCAUCUUUAUUUGCGGAGUCAGCAGUCAAACAUCCACCUUUCCAGGCUGGGGAUCCAAACUGGGGUCCACCUGCACCUGCACCGUUCGGUUCUCCCUUCCCCGGUGCUUCCACCUGGGGAAUGGGGUCCGGAGGUGAUUGGCCCCAUAACGCUUUCGGUGCCAGUGGAAACCACCGGAUGCACACGACCCGACCCGUUACGAUUCGUCUUCUUGUGAUCCAAGCGUGCAAGCAUCUGAACACGCUCAGCCCGCGGCCCGGCUCCGGUGGCUAUCAUAAUGUGAACCUCGUCCUGAAUCAGGUUGAGCAGCUGCGUUCUUCUAACGAACCCGCUAUUUCUCUGAGCGAGAUGCUUGACAUCUGCGACACCGAAGGUAGCCCACAAAAUGGCGGCGGAUCGUUCUUUAUCAAAGAAGAUGAACAUGGUCGGCAUGUUAAGUUUGAGCCGGAUACCAACAGUGCCAUGCCUGGUCACCGAGGUAGCAUCGUGCCGGGUGAUAUCGGCAGCCCUAUCCCGGGCAAUAGCAAUCCUGCUGCUUUUGGCGGGUUCGGCACGCCGUCUGUUUUUCGACAGUACUCUUCGCCUCCAACCGGGCUGUACGGCGGGACCUCGUAG